GACGCCAGGGACGGUACGGCUUAUCAGGUUUCAAUGGAAAGAAACCAACAACCAAAUAAUAACUUUGAAACUAAUUUUAUACCAAGGUUUCAAUUUGAAAGACCAAGAAAUAUGUUUGAAGGUCCUCGCUGGCAGGGAAACAGCUUUGUGCAAAAUGAUUUUCAACGACCACCACCAAGUAUUGGGCAAGGAUUUUACCACCCACCAGCUUUGUCCAACAGUAUUCAUGGACCAGGACCAAUGGACUUUCCAAAUAACACUAGGGUUCAAGGUAACACACCCGAUAUACCUAUUAUAUUGGGAGAUGUCGCAGGGAAUCUAUCUAACCAGAAUAGUAGUAAUGUCAACUUUCAACACAUCAAUCCACAUAACAUUCAACACUUUCAAAGACCUCCUAUGCAAGCAACACAGCCAAUUUCAGUUCAACAACAGAACAUGCCACUGCCUAAUCCAAUGCAGUUUACAGCACCUCCUCCUCUUCCUAUUCAGUCAGUACCACGGCCUACCUUUACGCCUGAUACUGCGCCUAAGUUUGAACCACAGAAAGUGAUCGAUGAUGCCACUGUAGCUAAACAGUGGCUGGAUGUCUGGCUGAAGAAAAGAGAAAAAGGAAAAGUGGACCCAGAAUUGCAUGCUUCUUCCUUUAAAAGUGUUUCAAUUAACUCCACUCAAGACAAGCUAAGGAGAAUGAUGCUAUUGAUGGCACAGCUUCAACAGGAGACUACUACUUUAUCAGACCAGGGAACUUCAGCCCCUGAUGACGUGUGGGACAAUCGGAAGCAGAAAGUUCUGCUAUUAAAGACAGAGCUUAAGAAAAUACAAGAAGAGCUGAGUGAUGAAACAACUAUUAAUCAAGUGAAGCAAAAAGUCUUACAACAGAGAAAGAAAAGGGAGAGACUCAAAAGAAGAAGACAAGAACAAUGGGAAGAAAAGCAAAGAGAAGAAGAAAAGAGAAAUAAUUUACAUGCUGAGAUUGAUGGAUGGCAGGAGAAAUUAAGGAAGAAAGCAAAUGAGGAAAGAGAGGCCAAGGAACUGAAAAAGUCAGCAGAUGCCAUUCUGAAUGAAGUCCGGAAGAAAAUAAGUGAUGUAACAAAAACCUUGGACUUAUUGAAAGGAAUCCAAAAGCUGAGGAAACUACGCAGUGAUAGACUUAAACAACAAGGUGUUCAUGCAAACCCUGCAAGUGAUGAGAAGUUUAAAGAGGUUAUGGAUGAACAGUUUAAUACCAUGAAGAAACAGAAGGAGAUUUACUUAGCAGAGGAAAAAGCUCUGCAGGUCAUGUUAGAAACGGAACAUGAAGAGACGAAGGAGAAAGAGAGAGAACAACAGGAGAAAGUACAGAGACUGCAGAAGGAGAGAGAGAGUAAAAAAUUACAGGAAAUCAUGUUUGGGAAAUCUGAAAAUUUCUCUGAGGGAGAAGCAAUGUUGCCAUUUUAUCAGUUUUAUGAUCAGGCUAAUUACAGUUAUGAGUCCUUCAUUCAAAUAAGACAAGACUGGGAUAGAUUUAUUGUACCAGAGAACGCACCAGGGGGGAGUCGUGUCCCCACCCACUUAGUGACACCUACAGAGCCUUCAUCAGAGAAAUGGGCCAGUGUAAUGAAGGACACAUGAUAUCCUGUAUAUGUAUUAAUGUUAAGA